CUGUGAGUCACCUGAGAGACUGAAGAGGGUGAGUGGAGUGGGCCUGGUGGCCAUUUUACAGUAGUUCCUGUGUCCUUACAAACAGCCGCUCAAAGUCCAUCUGCAUGACCAGAGAGACGAGCUGGGGUCAAAUGGUUUCUCCCUCUCCAUGCCUCAUAAGGACUGCAUGAUUACUUCUUUCUCAAUGAAUCACCAAAAUCAGCCUGCAGCAUGAAAAGCUGGAGCAGGAAAUUCAAGAGACAAGAGGCUGACAGUGUGGUCGGGUCCUCCUCUAGCAAGAGGAACUCCAUUAGUGAUCCACCAGUGCCUGUGUGGGUUACUCACACACCCACACCAGAUAACAUCACAGAUGAUGGUGAUACUAACUCCACAGGCCGCACAUCCAGCACUCCGCCGUAUGCAGAGAAGGAUGACAAUAAAGGGAGCCUGAAGGACAGACUGAAGUCCUUCAUCCCUCAGUCAUGGGGGGGGCUCAUCCAUAAAUGGGCAAAGGAAAGUGACAGUUUUAAUGACUCUGAGGCCAGCACCAGUAGGAUCCAGAUCCUUCCUAAUGGGACCAGGGUGAGCCCUCCUGUAACUCCCCUGCUGGAGCGCAGGAACUGGGGCGACUCACUUGGCCACUCCAGCCAGAACUCCCAGAAGCCUUUGUUAAGGGAUGAUGAUCUGUUCGAUGUGGGCCCACGAGAGGAGUCUAUCCUGACCAGCAUCCACCCUGCAGAGUACUAUGCCGAGAAGCUGGAGGUCUACAACCUGAAGUACUCUUAUUUGAAAUCCUGGCCAGGGUUGCUGAGACUUCUUGCAGGACUACAGCUGCUAUUCGGGGGCAUGGUCUUCGCUUGUGUCAUCGCUUACAUCCAGAAAGACAGCGAGUGGUCCAACAGCUACGGACUCUAUAACGGCGUGUACAACAAUGGGUUAGGCCUGUCUGGGUACAGCUACAGAGGCCCCAUGACUCCCUUUGUACUGGCAGUAGCUGGAAUCUCCUGGAUUAUAACCUUCGCUCUCUUAGUGAUGGGAAUGACGAUGUACUAUCGCACCAUCCUCCUUGACGCCCCCUGGUGGCCUCUGACGGAGGCCUUCAUCAACGUGGCGCUGUUCCUGCUCUACAUGGCAGCGGGGAUCGUCUACCUGAACGACUUGAGCCGUGGAGGGCUGUGCUACACGACAAUAGGCAUUAACCCCAUCAUGGCCAAUCUGUGUCGGGUCGAUGGGGGCCAGAUGGCGGGAACGGCUUUCAUCUUCAUUAACAUGACGAUGUAUCUGGGAAGCUUCCUGGUGUGUCUGAAGAUGUGGAGGCAUGAGGCGGCACGUAGGGAGAGGGAGUACUUCGAGAACCAGCCCCAGGAGGAGUUUCACCAGUCCAUCCCACUGACUCCUCAAAAACCAAAGCGCAUAUCAUUCAAGGAUGAAAUGGAUAGGUCUCCAAGCAAAGACUGUAUUAAUCAAACUGUGGUACAUAAGAACCCAGUCAGUCUGAACAGAGCCGCAGAAUACACCCCCAAAGUACACAUCAUCGCAGACUACAUCAUAAAGUAUCCAGAGAUCAGCAGUGUGGAAGAAAGGGAAAAGUACAAAGCAGUUUUCAAUGACCAGUAUCAGGAGUACAAGGACCUCCACAAAGACAUCAGCACCACCCUCGAUAAGUUCAGAGAGCUGGAUGUCAUGAUGGCACGACUGCUCAGAGAUGGAAAAAGCCAAGAGGAUCAGCAGAGGAUUCAAAGCAUUUUGAAGAAGUAUCAGCAGAAAAAGAGAGACCCUGGAUUCCUGGAGAAAAAGGAACGUUGUGAUUAUCUGAAAGCUAAAUUAAGCCACAUCAAAAACAGAAUCCGCACUUUUGACCUGGAAACCAUGGAAAAGGCCAUGUAUGAGCCUCGGUACUACGAUAGCCCCCCUGUGUACAGCCCGCCUUACAGCACUAACUCCCACAGCUUCUAUCCCCCGAGGAGCGUCCACUCCCCCCAGAGCCAGUAUGUCCCCUACACCUACAAUGUCCCUCCAGACUCCUACUACGUUGAAGAGAAGCCUCAACACUUCUACCGCUGGUUUUCUCCUCCUGGCUUUGUGAAAACCUUCCAAGGAGCCACAGCACUCAUGUGUUUCCUCAUCUUUGCCUGCGUGGCGUCGACCUUGGUGUGGGAUAUGAAUGGAUUUGGGUAUGGGGGCUACGGUGUUGGGGCCACAGGGGCUGUUGCAGGUGUGGAGUCGGGGUAUUAUGGAGGCAGCUACGGCUACGGUGGCUCCUACAUGACGCCACAGUCUGCCAAGGCGGCGAUGAUUUCAAUGGCGGCCAUUAACUUCCUGGUCUCACUGGGCUUCCUGGUGGGGAGUUUCUCGCGGUCACGGAUCAUGAGGGGAUGCAGGUUCUACCUCACUGUGUUCAUUUGUGAUAUCAUCUUGGCUGUUCUUCAGGGCAUCAUCGACAUCAUCUUUGUGAUCGGGGUGAACCCGAUGUCUCAGAGCUCACAGAGCAUGCUGUACAAUCCCAUGCUGAUGAUGUGUCAGAACAUCCAGAGCAAUCCGAGCCUCAGUGGCAGCGCUGGGGCCGGUUUUCCUGGAGGGUUCCCCAUGUACAAUCAGUACCUGUACCACUACUGCUACAUGGACCCAGAGGAGGCGGUUGCGUUAGUUUUGGGUCUGAUGGUGGUGUUGGCCCUGUCUCUGUCUGCCUACUACGCCUACAAGACCCGCAGCAAGAUUUGGCGCCACGGCAAAGCCAACAUCUACUGGGACGAGCCGCUGGUCAGGUCGUCAGAGAGCCAGGAUGUACAGGACUGGGUGAACCAUGUUGGAGAUGUGCGCAGCACCCAGCAGGCACCAACUGUUGUUGUGUCAGAGAGAGCAGUACCUGACCUGAGGGCAGAGAACAGUGUGGUCUCCUACAGCAACAGAACAGUCAGCGUCCACAGUGAAGGACAUUAUAAAGGCAACAGUUUCUCUGCCGACCACAGUAACCGUCGGGCUGUGGAGCCUCUGAGCCAGAACAGCAGAGUCACAGUUUGCUCCAGCAGCUCCUCAGAUGAGACCGUCAGCAUCAGGAAACCUGCUCCUUAUCACGCGAAGAAGGAACAGAGGAAGGACCCAGAGCCCAGGCCGUCUGCUCCGGAGAUGAUGGAGUCCCCGUAUGAAACCGGUUACACCACCGGAGACACCGGCAAUGAGCUGGACCGGGACCACACGAAUUACCUCUACAGGCUGUACCCGGAGAUAACUUCAGAUGAGCAGCGCCGCCAGUACAAGAAGGAGUUUGACUCCGAUCUUGCCCGCUAUAAGAGCCUCUGCGCCGAAAUGGAUGACAUCAGUGACCAGAUGCACAAGCUGAGCCGAGAGCUGGACACGUUGGACGAGGACUCCAUGAAGUACCAGGGUGUGGCAGACGAGUAUAACCGACUCAAAGACCUGAAAAAGACUCCAGACUAUCAAGCAAAGAAGAGGCAGUGCAAAGAACUUCGGCAAAAACUUUUCCACAUCAAGCGUCUGGUGAAAACCUUUGACCAAGGUCUUUGUUAGUGUGCGUCUUAAUAAUCUGUCCGAACAGCUGAGGAUGAACACUGACGGGGUGUGACCUGGCUAAAGAAACAUGGAUUCAUCCUCCAUCUUCAGUUUUAUUUCUUUGCUGUUUGAAUUGUGACAGUUCAGCUCAACACGACCCUCAUGCCGGCCUCACUGAACCUCAACUGUUUGUGACCCCAGUGUUUACAACGUCUGUAUCACUUCUGCCGCUGUCAGAGUAGAUUACUGUCAAAAUAGAGCUACGUUUAAACUUCUCUGUGUGGUUGUAACAUUUGAAUUUGUUGUAACUUGUGUUAGAUUUUACUUUAAGCGGCAGUUUUAAUGCAAUAAUGUGUAAUUGUUACAGGAUGUUGAAAUAUGGGAGGUGAUGAAUGUCAGUUUUUAUACAGAGAUAAUGUCAUGACUGAAGGUUGAAAAAGAGAA